AUGUCCGGACGUUAUUUAAAUUUAAAACGUUUAAAAUUUUUUAGUAAUAUUUUAUUUAUUGCCAUUGCAUUGACAUUAUUUAUAUUAAAUAUAAUUAAAUAUGCCAAUAGUUAUCUUAAACGAGAUAAUUAUAAUAUAAUUGAAGAUAUCAAUGGAGAUUUUUAUAUUGUUAAAGAAAUCUAUACAAAUGAAACAAUAUGGAAUUCGAAUUGUUCGUCUAAAUAUUCAAAAUCAUAUGCUGAAAAUAUUUUUCAAUGGUUUAUUGCAUCAAAAACAAGUCAAAAUCAAGUAUUUCAUGUAUUUUAUUGGUUUAUGAUUAUAAUUUCAUUAAUUAUUUCAAUUACUCCAUCAAGUGUAUAUGUAGGAAAAUAUUUAAAAUCAGAUAAUUACAAUAUUACUGAACGAUAUUGUUUAAUGAGUAUUAUACUUUUUAUUCGAACAUUUUUUAGUAUAACAAUAUUUGUUUUUCCAAGUUAUUAUAUGUAUACAUUUGAUUUUACUAGUGAAUUAUGUUUAGAUGAAUAUCCAACAA